AUGGCCCAGCCUCAGUCGCAGGCCACGCCUCGGGCCUUCUCGCCGCCCCAGCAUAGCCCAUCGCCAGCCCCAGCCCAGCCCGGCUUCGCGCUUCCGCCCAACAAGCGAGUGAGAACAGACGGUCCCGUCUCGCAGCCCGGAUCCCCCUAUGCUGCUUCGCCAUACGCCGCGAGUCCUGCUGCCGCGGGGACUCCUCCCACAAACGCCGGAUCGCCAACCUUCUCGGCAACGCCUCCGGUAUCGGCAGGCUUCGCGACGGCGCCAUACACCAAUGGCCAUGUCCCAGCCGGCCUAAAUCUGCCCGAUAUACGCUCCGUCUCUUCGCCCUCGAUUCUUACGCCACAGACAGCGUCGGCGCCGGCCCCCCAAUACACGAAUGCGACAAUGGCGCCUAUCGCUCCCUCGGCAGCUUCUCCGGCACCAGCUGCCAAUCUCAUGGGCCCGCCGCAGCGACCAGCAGAGAGGCCAACUAAGGACUACGAGUACGACGUGACAGAUUCUUUAGCUGGGACCGGAAUCGACCUGCGCGCAGAAGAGCAGUACAUGUCGGAGCUGUACUCAAAUGCGUUGGACACAGGCUCGGACGCCAGAACAGGAUUCGCCCAUCACCCGGCAGGACCCAAGUCCUCGUUCUACGGCGCUGGACCGGCUAAUCAGCCGCCCGAGUCGACUACUGCGCAAAACCAGGACCAGCUGGCUGCCAAGGCUGCCGAGCAAGCCUGGGCCGAAUCCUCGAUGCACCUGGCUGCCCAGAGGACGCAGGAGAUUAAUGACCCUUUUCUUCUAGUGGCACUUCUCCACAAACGCGCAGAGAAAAUUGCACGGGAACACAACCUCAGUCUCAACCUGGACAUGAAGAACAAUAGCCAGACAAUGGGCAAGAUGCGACCUCCCGAGCAGUUCCCCACGCCCAAGGUCACAGUCCGGAUGGAGCCCGGCCCUGAUUCCAUCAUGGUACAAACGACCGGUUCCUACAUCCCGCACGACUCUUUCCUCGUUGACCAGCUCGCCCUCAUGUCGAUAGCCGCAAAGCAUCGGCUGCGGGAGCUCGUCGAGGAAGCCGACACUAUGGCUAAUAACCGACAAAAGACAUCUCAUGGCGACGUGCCCGAAGAAUGGGCGCUUGCCGCGGCGCCGAUGAACGUCGAGCCGCUGGAGGCCAUGGAUACGGCUGUGACGUCAGCGGAGACGGGCAGUGUGGGUGAUGCCGGCACGGGUUCGCCCAAACCGGAACUGGAAGACGCUCCCGCAGCGCCGGCCAAGAAGUUCCCCAAAAUCGCGCCCAACAUGACGAUAUCUAUGAGGGAUAGGGCCAGGCAAGAGCGGGAGUGGGAGGAAGCCCGGUUACGGAAACGGCAGCGGCGCAAAGAGGGUGGCACAGACGCGGGGACGACGUCUUCGCGAUCGGGAAGCGUCGCCCCGGGAACGCCAGGAGCCGUAGCGCCAGAGCCUGAAAAGGCACUGACAAAGAAGGAGAUGAAGAAGAAUCAGGCUCUCAAGGCGGCAGAGGCGAACAGUCAUGCCAACCAGAAUCUGACCAGCAGCAUGUUUGCGGGCCUGGGUGGCAAGGGCGGCCUCUUUGGCAAGAAGAAGACGGGCAGGACGUACGACUGGAUGAACGUGGGCCGGGGCGGAAGCGGCACCAGCACGCCGACGCGAGGGACACCUGGGCCCAAGGGUCCAAACGGAACAGCAGGCUCUCCGGCCACGGCAAACCAUGCGCUGACGACCGAGGGCCGCAAUCGGCUAGGGACGUGGCGGGAGGACAAGGAGAAGGGCAAGGCGAUUCAGCUGCGAGACUGGAUCACGGUCCUGGAGAGGGACGGCAGGGAGCCCAGGGCGCUCUCAGCAGCCUAUGUGCACUUGGACACGUCGCACCCCAGGUGA